AUGAAUGCAACUAAGACAGAACUAACCAUGAUUCAGCGAUGUAAAGGCUCAUCGGGCUACUCCCGACACGCUCGGGCGACAGAAGAGGCGUGGCGCUCCACACAGAAGCUUGGCAGUCUACUCGGCGACUCAGAAGAUCUGACACGACGCAAAAUACUCGCAGCAGGCGCGCUACGUUGGCUCUGGACAAUAUGGAUCUGGCCCCAGUACGUCAGUGACGCCACCAGAGUCCGGCUGUAUAACUGCUAUGUGCUUCCUGUUCUGUUGUACAACAGCGGAACGUGGGCACUGACGCCGUCCGAGCUGAGCGGACUCGAAAGCUUCCACCGCCGACAACUACGUAGCGAACGCCCGCGCCGCCACAGAAUCACAGCAGCACGAUGGCGUCUGUUCGGCCACAUCCUGCGCCGGCCCGAGAUCCCGGCGUACACCCAGAUGGCCGCCUACUUCGACUCGUCGUCCAAGGGAACCUGGCGUGGACGCCCACGCACGACACUACCGACUAGGGCAAUUGUCGCCGCACUGCCGGCGAAGAAGGACCCGACGUAUGCGGACACCACCUUAUGCCGUCGACUAGCAAAGCUGAGCCUAGCGACAGCAUAG